ACACGCGCGCGCGCGCACACACGCAUACUCACACACGCGCGCACACGCCCCAGGAUCGGCUCCGGGGCAGCCCAGCCCAGCCCGCAGGCAGGGCAGAUCGCGCUCAGCCCUUCCCUCCGCUCCCUGCCUGCCCUCCCGCUGGAUCCCCCUCUGGGUGGUCCCUCAGCCCCCAGCCCCAUCUCGCCGCCACGGAGCCAUGAAGACGGCUCAGUGGAAGACCGCCGGGCUCCUCUUCUUGCUGGGGGUCCUUCUGUUUGCCUCUGCCGACAGGGCCAUGUACACGAAUCAGUUCUGGGUUGAGUUGCAUCAAGGGGGAGAGGCAGAAGCCAAGCAACUUGCUACAGAAUAUGGCUUUAGUGGGGUCCGGAAGCUUCCCUUUUUAGAUGACGGGUACUAUUUUUAUCAUAAUGGCAUCGCGAAGGCCAGGAGAAGACGCAGUCUUCAGCACAAACUACUUUUGGAAAAGGACAUUAGGGUUAAGAAGGCUGUGCAGCAGGAAGGCUUUAACAGAAAAAAGCGAGGCUAUAGAGAUAUCAAUGAAAUCGACAUUAACAUGAACGAUCCUUUAUUUACAAAACAGUGGUACCUGAUCAACACUGGUCAAGCAGAUGGGACUCCUGGACUUGAUCUUAAUGUAGCUGAAGCCUGGGAGCUGGGAUAUACAGGGAAAGGAGUUACUAUAGGAAUUAUGGAUGAUGGAAUUGAUUAUCUUCAUCCUGAUCUCGCCUCAAAUUAUAAUGCCAAAGCCAGCUACGAUUUCAGCAGCAAUGAUCCCUACCCAUAUCCCCGUUACACAGAUGACUGGUUUAACAGCCAUGGAACCAGAUGUGCAGGCGAAGUGUCAGCCGCGGCAAACAAUAACAUCUGUGGAGUGGGUGUGGCAUACAACUCAAAGGUGGCAGGUAUCCGAAUGCUGGACCAGCCAUUUAUGACAGACAUUAUUGAGGCGUCCUCCAUCAGUCACAUGCCUCAAGUCAUAGAUAUAUAUAGUGCCAGUUGGGGUCCAACUGAUAAUGGAAAGACUGUGGAUGGACCCAGAGAACUAACUUUGCAAGCAAUGGCAGAUGGUGUUAACAAGGGACGUAGUGGCAAGGGAAGCAUUUAUGUCUGGGCCUCUGGGGAUGGGGGCAGCUAUGAUGAUUGUAACUGUGAUGGCUAUGCAUCAAGUAUGUGGACGAUCUCCAUCAAUUCUGCUAUUAAUGAUGGCCGGACUGCUCUGUACGAUGAAAGCUGCUCUUCAACCUUGGCCUCCACAUUCAGCAAUGGAAGGAAAAGGAACCCUGAAGCUGGUGUGGCUACUACAGAUUUAUAUGGCAACUGUACUCUGCGUCAUUCUGGAACAUCUGCAGCUGCACCAGAGGCAGCUGGAGUGUUUGCACUAGCCCUGGAGGCUAACCUGGAUCUAACAUGGAGGGACAUGCAGCAUCUGACUGUGCUCACCUCCAAAAGGAACCAACUGCAUGAUGAGGUUCAUCAGUGGCGUAGAAAUGGUGUUGGUCUGGAAUUCAACCAUUUGUUUGGCUAUGGAGUCCUUGAUGCUGGAGCAAUGGUUAAAAUGGCAAAAGACUGGAAAACUGUUCCAGAGAGAUUCCACUGUGUUGGGGGAUCAAUACAAGAACCAGAAAAAAUAUCAUCGACUGGCAAAUUAGUACUGACCCUUACAACUGAUGCUUGUGAAGGGAAAGAAAACUUUGUCCGCUACCUUGAACAUGUACAAGCAGUCAUAACUGUGAACUCUACUAGGCGAGGAGACCUCAACAUCAACAUGACAUCACCUAUGGGGACUAAAUCCAUUUUACUGAGCCGACGUCCAAGGGAUGAUGACUCCAAGGUGGGGUUUGAUAAAUGGCCUUUCAUGACAACACACACUUGGGGAGAAGACCCCAGGGGCACUUGGGUCCUGGAGAUUGGGUUUGUUGGUAGUGUGCCACAGAGGGGAGUACUGAAGGAAUGGACAUUAAUGCUACAUGGGACACAAAGCGCACCAUAUAUAGACCAAAUAGUAAGAGAUUACCAGUCCAAACUGGCCAUGUCCAAGAAGGAAGAGCUGGAAGAAGAAUUAGAUGAAGCAGUAGAGAGAAGUCUGAAGAGUAUACUGAGCAAAAACUAGCAUUGGUCUGCAUGUUUGUCUCUUUCCUUUCCCAGUCCUCUCUUCUCACCUUUCUACUAUCCAAUCUUCUGUGUUAGGCAUAUUACAAUGGUUGUCUCUGUAGCCAAAUUAUCAUACUUUCUUGAUUUUAAAGUCUUAUAUCUUGUUGAUGAUUAUUUUAAUUACAACUGAAGCAAUCCUUGUUUUUUACUCUAAAUGACAAAUCUAUUGUUCCUUACCAACUAUUAUGUACAGUUUGUGACAAUAAAUUAUCUUUUGUGUCAUACAAAUAAGUAAUAACUUGCAAACAAAACCAUAAUA